AUGUCUCCCGUCACUGGAGCUGCUGUUAGCGGGAACCUGGCCAAUGCUUAUGGACCAUCGGGCUACAAGGGCCUCAUCAAAGAACACUAUAUUCUGGCUCUAGCAUGUUUUGCAUCAAUGGGUGGUGUUUUGUUUGGUUAUGACCAGGGUGUGAUUUCCGGUGUCUUGGUGAUGAACAGUUUUGCCAAAGAGUUCCCUGCUCUAGCAAGCAGUCCGACACUUCAAGGCUGGAUGGUCUCCGUCCUAACACUGGGCGCCAUGUUCGGUGCUUUCAUCAACGGUCCGAUCAGCGACCGCUUCUCACGACGCUGGUCAAUUCUCUACGCAAAUGUCAUCUUCCUAAUCGGUUCCGUCCUGCAGUGUGCUGCUCAAAGCGUUGCUAUGAUAUUUGUUGCGCGGUUUAUUGCUGGCUUGGCUGUGGGCAUGUUGUCCAUGGUCGUGCCUCUGUACUUGAGUGAGCUGGCUCCCCCGAAUAUCCGCGGCAGUCUGGUUGCACUUCAGCAGCUGGCUAUUACAAUUGGGAUUAUGGUGGCGUUUUGGCUUGACUAUGGGACACAGUAUAUUGGCGGUACGGGCGAUGGACAGAAACAGAUUGCGUGGCGGCUGCCUCUGGCGUUGCAAUGUGUGCCCUCGUUGGUGCUUGCUGUUGGAACCUUUUUCUUGCCUUAUAGCCCGAGAUGGCUUAUGAACCGGGGCCGCGAGGAUGAAGCCUUUGAAACCCUAGUCCGCCUCCGACGAGUCAGCCCGAACGAUGCACGCGUGAAGAUGGAGAUGCUUGAAAUCAAGGCCGCCAGAAUGUUUGAGCAGGAGACUACUGGGACCAAGAAUGACGGAAAGUCGGCUUUUAAAAUUGCCCUAUCAGAGUACCUCGAGCUUAUCACUCUACCACACCUAAGAAAGAGGACUAUUAUUGCAUGUUUGCUGCAAAUAAUCCAGCAGUUCACUGGAAUUAACGCAAUCAUAUACUACGCCCCCCAGAUCUUCCAAUCCAUCGGCCUCAGCGGCAACUCGGUCAACCUGCUCGCCACGGGGGUCGUCGGCAUAAUCAACUUCUGCUCAACCAUCCCAGCCAUUUUGUUUCUGGACCGCUGGGGCCGCCGCAAGAUCCUAAUCGUCGGCGCCAUCGGCAUGUCCAUAUCGCAGCUCAUGGUCGGCACGCUCUUCGCCGUAUACCAACACUCAUGGCUCACGCACACCGCCGCGGGCUGGGCCGCAUGCGUAUUUGUAUGGAUUUACACGUCGAAUUUUGCGUUUAGCAUUGGCUGCGUGAACUGGGUGCUACCAUCGGAGAUGUUUCCGCCGGCGACACGGGGGAAAGCUGUUGGUGUUGCUAUUGCGUGCAAUUGGUUGUCGAAUUUCGUGGUGGCGUUGAUAACGCCGCGUAUGUUGCAUUCGAUUACGUUUGGGACGUUUUAUUUCUUUCUGGUGUUUUGUUUGGGGUUGAUUGUUUGGGUGUAUUUUGGCGUGCCAGAAACAAAAGGCAUUCCCAUUGAGGAAAUGGACAAGAUCUUUGGUGGAAACGCCGGAGAAGCGGACUAUCAGCGUAUGGCGGAUAUUCGUGUUCGUCUGGGUAUGGAUCAGACUCGUGAUAUUAGCGAUGAUAAAAACGAUGCCACUGCCUGCUUUGUCGAGGAGGCGGGAAAUGCGUGA